GUUCUUUUAUAUCAUUGUUUUGUUUUAGUCUUGUUCUAAGUCUUGGUCACGGUUUCCAGUUUCAACAGCAAUGAAGAAAGUUGUCUUGAAAUUGGAUUUACAUGAUGACAAAGGGAAAAAGAAAGCCAUGAAAGCAGUUUCUGGUCUAUCAGGUAUUGAUUCUAUUUCCAUGGACAUGAAGGAUAAGAAAUUAACAGUGAUUGGCGAUGUUGACCCGGUUGUCGUGGCGAGCAAGUUAAGAAAACAAUGGUGGACGGAGAUUUUAACGGUAGGACCGGCGAAAGAAGAGAAGAAAGAUGCAGCCAAGAAAGAUGAAGGCGGCAAGAAGGAUGGAGAUAAAAAGAAAGAAAGUGAUCAGUUUGCCUAUAAUCCUCACAUAACUACAUAUUACCGGAUAGUGAGUGCAGAAGAGAAUCCGAAUUCUUGUGUUAUCUGCUAAAUUUGAGACUCCUGAAGGACAGAGCAGAAGGAUUUGGAACAUUUCCAUGCAUCAGUGCAUGAACUUUGGAAACCCCUCAUUGGAGACAAUUCCGGAAAAAGGUUUUCCAAUCCUAUGCAUAUAGUUUGAUAAUACAAGGAUUGAUAUUUUACUCUUGUUCUGUAAAGGACAUGCUGAAAUGUAAAACUAGUACUUUAUUUUGCUUAAUUUUCCAGCUUGUUUCUUGUAAUGCUUAGGGGCCAUUUGGUUAAAUCCAGGAUUACCAACCAAUUUAGUGAAUAAGAGUUCAGAAUUUGGUGAUAAAAAAGAAUACUAACACCG